AUGGGGAAUGUGUUCCCAUUAUUGUGCAUUUUGUUAAUGAUUGUUGUUCUUACGAAACCAGCAGCAUCCAUUCUUUGCAAUAAAACAACCGACAAUGUGGAAAACUCUCUCAAACAACACUUGUUCUGCAAUGGAUACGAUCCAAAGAUACGGCCAGCUAAAAGUGAAUUCGAUGCGAUUAACAUAACUGUGCUUCCUUAUGUGUAUGAUUUUGAAGUGCAUUUACACAGAAGCUUGAUGGAGCUCGUAAUGAAUUACAGAGUGAUGUGGCAAGAUUCGUCAUUACAAUGGAAUGCUUCCGACUGGUCGAACAUUACUUUGUUGCGUCCCAAUUACGAUGAAAUUUGGUUUCCGGAGUUUGAGCAUAUUAAUUCCGAUUAUGAAGGAGACCCGUCUCGAUCCUGCUCCAACCCGCACUGCGUGCUGUCUCGAACGGGAAAAUUGAUAUGCGCGCCCAUUUGCAAAACAUCUGCCAAAUGUUUGCCAGACUUUUCACGUUGGCCGUACACCACGGUAACGUGUCACAUGUGGUUUGCGAAUCGCGAUAAGGAACUCGUGGACGAAAUUAAUUUUGUUUUGAAUAAAAAAUAUAUUGCUACACGCGGGAAUACCGAAACAGCCAGGUGGUGUAUGAAAUCGUUUACAUCCAACCAAACAACACUGGAUAUUCCGGGUGCUACCAAGCGUACUGUUUAUCUAUGGACAUUUGGAUUGCAACAGACUCCUCACAUUGAACUAGUUAUACUGUACUUUCCUUCUUUCGUUCUAGUUGUGCUGAAUAUGUUCAUCUGCUGGUUGCAUUCUACCGCGAGUGAGAAAACGAAGACCACCUUGAUGUCUUUGGUAUGCCACGCCAUGCUGCUCAUAGAUAUGAUCAUAAUUUCCGCCAAUAUACCAAGCAUAAUAUUAUUCAUAAUGGAAUCGAUGGUAUUAACAAUGGUAUUGUUUGUGGUCACGCUUAUCCUGCGUUGGAUGCACGAUCUUCAUACAACUCCACCAAGAAUUGUCAUACGAUGGACAAGAUCGCUAACCGGCAAUCGAAUGAUGGAAUGGUUUGUUCAGACAGAAUAUCUCAGCCUCGGACACAAACCAACUGCUGAAACGAAUGAUACUGAGCUAAAGAAUUGGCCAGCAAUUGUGAAACUUGCCGAUCGUUGUGUAUUUGUGUUGUAUAUUUUCAUUUACUUGUGGCUUCUCGGCAUUCGUGUGCCCUUGCGACACGACAAAUACAAUUCAAACGAUCCUGAUGCUCUUUGUUCAAAUUGA